AUGAAAGCUGAUGAUGGUCUUAUAUUAAUUUAGAAAUAUACAUCAUAAGAAGAUUGCUUGUUCUGUUAGAAAUAUGGGAGAUUGCCAAUAAUAAAGAUCAAUUUUGCUCCACUUUUGAAUAGAGUAUAUAAAAUUGUAAAAUCAUUUUGCAGGCACUCUAUACAAAAUAUUCACAAUCUUAAUGGAAAGGUAAAAGAUUCGAAGAUUUUUUCUCUACUAAGUCAAUCUAAUGGAUUAUAUAAUUUAAAGAUAACUUAGCAUAUGGCGAAGAAGAUGAGUUGUUCAAGAGGUAUUUUUAUAAAAAUAUCAAAUUGUAGAUAUUAUCCCAAGAGCGAUCAAUAAAAUAAAUUCGAUCAACUCUUGGAAUAUUACAAAUAUCAUAAAGAUAUACCUAGAAUGUUCUUACCUAAACUCUCAGAUUUGGCUAUCUAUUUUUAUGAGAAAAAGAAGUAUUUUAUAUCUGUAUCCAAUUUAGACAAUUGGAGUAUAGGAAAAUUAAGAUAAUGUUGGGGAUUCCUUUGGACGAUGCCAGCAACUAUACAGGUACCGAUUCUCUAAAUUGUUAGAAUGCGAGAAAUUAAAAGAAGAAAUCAAAGUACUCAACAGUAUCACACAACAAACUCAAGUAUCCAGUCUUUCUCUAUUAAGAGACAUCUUACAGUAAAAGGGAAGUGAAGAGAUUGUAGUAAGUGAUCCUCUAAUCAUUAGAACAUUGAUGCAACUUGGAUGACUAUGGCAAACAAUCAAUAGCCAAAGCCUUCAUAGCCAUCAAAUUUAAAAUUACUCAAGCAAUUGAUAUCUAAAAACACCUAAUUUUACAAGCAAAAAUUUAACACAAAUUGCCUUUAAAGAACUAGUUAGAAUUCUCCUUAAUAAAAUUUGAAUCUCAAAACUAUCUCUAAAGAUACAUCCUAAAAGUCCUUAUUGUCCUCUCAUAAACUCAUAAAUAAUAGCAAUGGAGAAGGUGAAUUUCAGAAAUUCUUAAAAUAGUAGGUGGUAGGAGUCAGCCACUCAAAUCCUUGCAAUUAAAAUAAUGCUAAAUCAUUAGCCAAACCUAUUUAGAUAUCUAAUUAUCAAUCCAAGCAAAGCAGCAUUCAUCACAUUCUCAGCACAAGAAGCAUCUCCUCUGAAUAGUUAAAAUUGAUUUAGUCUCAAUAAAUGCUAAAACCCAAUCAAUCUAAUAAUAAUUACUAACAAGCAUAACAUAAGAAAAGCCAAACUUAAACUCAUUAUACUGAAAUCAAUUCUCCGAAUAAACACUCUAAGAAAGCUUCAGAUAAAUUGUACACUAAUAUAGGAAUAGACUUUAAAUAAGCCUUGACUCAUUAAAAUUCGAAGGAAAAGCAUUUUAAAGUUUAUACUUCGUAAUCCUAAAUUCCUUUAUCAGCAAACAUCAAUAUUAACAUCAAUUAGUUAAACAUGAACAACCUCAAUGUUAAAUCUUCAUUUUAACAGUAUAAGGCAAUGCUCGAAAGUCCAAAAGUUUAUCCCAAGAAGAAAACUCAAUCUAAUGUUGAAUCCUAAAGGGUCAACAAUGCUAGUACUUCAAAAAGCACGACCUCUUUAAAAAAAACGUAAAUCUCAGUUUAAUAAGUAUACGCUCAAAAAAUCAAAUAAAAACAAAAGAUUUAAAAUAAAUGA